CUCUCUGAGUCACACACAAAGCCAGCUCACACCCUCCUGACACAGCCGACUCGGCAGCAGGGUUUCACAGCAGCAGUAGCGGCAGCUUGUCCUGGAUUACAAGGCUGUCACAUCGGAGUAGACAGGCGGUUGUAGUGCUGAACUAACUGAAGGAUUGUUUUGUUUUUUGUCUCCUCUGUGUCUUCUACUACACUGUUCUCCAAGUCCGCUGCCUCCCGGGCUUGAUUCAUUUACAAGGCUGUGCAGAGGCACGCAGAGGGAUUUAUUUAGAGGCUGGAAGCCAACGCUGAGGGGAUCUGAAGAGGAAUCGGAAGAUAAGGAGCAGACAACACAGCCCUGUCCCAUAUUGAUCUUCUGUCUCUCUCUCUCUGUCUCUUUCUCUGUCUCUCUCUCUCUGUCUCUCUCACUCCCUCUCGGAGUGACACCAAACACCUCUGACCCGGAAACAGCCUGUCUGUCAGGCAAGGUGGAUGUUAGGAUAAAAACUCCUCCUCACCCCACAGUUCUCUCCCCUGAGGCAGGGCUGUGUGAACGGGUCAGAGGGGGGCAGCGGUAGGGGAUGUCCCGGGGUCCUCCGGGGCAGAGGAAGAAGCAGCAGCCUGUCCUGGCCUCUAUGCGGUUGUGGAAGGGGACAGGGUCAGGGAGCCUGGGGCUGGUUCAGGCCGCAGGGUCUGGUGGUGGGAUAGAAAGACAGGUGCUGCUGCGACCAUCAUGGAGAGGAGUGGCUGCAUCCCCCUAUGCUGGGCCCGGGGCGCCUGUGUUUACGCUCAACACCCUCCACUCCCAAAAUAUGACAGACAGCUAGCCCCCACCAAAGGAAGCAUGGCGUCAGCGUACCUGGACCCCAACCUGAACCACCAUGCUGGGUUGGGCGGUGGGGUGUCGAAGCCGGGGACCAUGGACCGCGUGCUCAAGAUCCACCACUAUUUGGAGAGCAACAGUGAACCAUCCACCUGGGCCAGCCACAUCCGCCACGGAGAUGCCACUGACAUCAGGGGUAUCAUCCAGAAGAUAGCAGACAUCCACAAGGUGAAGUGUGUUUCCUGUCUGGGCCUGCGUCUCAGCCACCUGCGCUCAGGAAACAUCCACUGGCUGCACCCCGACAUGGGGGUGUCCCGCGUCAGGGAGAGGUACGAACUGCUCCACCCUCAGGACGAGUGGAGGUAUGAGCUACGGAUACGCUACUUGCCAAAAGGAUUCUUGAACCAUUUUUCAGAAGAUAAACCUACACUGAACUACUUCUACCAUCAGGUCAAGAGUGACUACAUGUUGGAGGUAGCUGAUCGAGUCGACCAAGACAUUGCACUUAAAUUGGGCUGCCUUGAAAUCAGGAGAUUUUUUAGGGAAAUGCGAGGAAAUGCCCUGGAUAAGAAAUCAAAUUAUGAAUUAUUAGAAAAAGAUGUGGGUUUACCAAGAUUCUUCCCCAAGAGUUUGCUGGACUCUGUGAAGGCUAAACCACUAAGGAAACUGAUCCAGCAGACCUUCAGACUAUUUGCCAACCUAAACGAUGAACAGAGCAUUCACAAGUUCUUUGAGAUCCUGUCUCCCAUUUACAGAUUCGACAAGGAAUGUUUUAAAUGUGCCCUUGGGUCCAGUUGGAUUAUCUCUGUGGAGCUUGCCAUUGGACCUGAGGAGGGCAUCAGCUACCUGACAGACAAAGGAUCAACUCCGACACAUCUGGCCAACUUCACCCAGGUACAGACCAUCCAGUACUCCAGCACGGAGGACAAGGUGCGCCAGGGGAUGCUGCUGCUCAAUGUGUCUGGAGCCCCGGAGCCUCUGACGGUGACCACAGCGUCUCUGAACACGGCAGAGAACAUGGCUGACCUGAUAGACGGAUACUGUCGCCUGGUCAACGGAGUCUCCCAGUCCUUCAUCGUCCGCGUUCAAAAGGAGGGAGAGAGAGCGCUACCUUCCAUCCCAAAGUCCACCCCAAAAGUCUCCAACCAUGAGAAGCGUCUGGAUGGGGGGGUCCGGACAAGGGUUGCAUGUGUCUCAGAGACAGACGACUAUGCGGAGAUCAUAGAUGAUGAGGAUACCUACACCAUGCCCUCCAAAUACUAUGGACUAGAGGAAGCCAGGGACUAUGAGAUUCAGAGACAGAGGAUUGAGCUGGGACGCUGUAUCGGAGAGGGACAGUUCGGGGACGUCCACCAGGGAGUCUACAUGAGCCUGGAAAACCCUGCUCUGUCUGUGGCCAUCAAGACGUGUAAGAACUGCACCUCUGAUAGUGUCAGGGAGAAGUUCUUACAAGAAGCUCUGACCAUGCGUCAGUUUGACCACCCCCACAUAGUGAAGCUGAUUGGAGUGAUCACAGAAAACCCAGUGUGGAUCAUCAUGGAGCUGUGUACACUGGGAGAGCUACGCUCCUUUCUGCAAGUGAGAAAAUACAACCUCGACUUGGCAUCACUGAUUAUUUACGCUUUCCAGCUAAGUACAGCACUCGCCUACCUGGAGAGCAAGCGGUUUGUACAUAGGGAUAUAGCUGCCAGGAACGUGCUGGUAUCCUCAGUGGACUGUGUUAAACUGGGAGACUUUGGCUUGUCUCGAUACAUGGAGGACAGCUCCUAUUACAAAGCCUCCAAAGGGAAACUGCCUAUCAAAUGGAUGGCACCAGAAUCUAUUAACUUCAGACGCUUUACCUCAGCCAGUGACGUGUGGAUGUUUGGUGUGUGUAUGUGGGAGAUCCUCAUCUACGGAGUCAAACCCUUCCAGGGGGUGAAGAACAACGAUGUCAUCGGCCGGAUAGAGAACGGAGAGCGUCUGGCCAUGCCCCACAACUGCCCCCCUACCCUGUACAGCCUGAUGACCAAGUGCUGGGCCUACGACCCUAGCAAGAGACCCUGCUUCACAGAGCUCAAAGCCCAGCUCAGUCAGAUAUUGGAGGAGGAGAAGCUGCAGCAGAAGGAGAGGACACGUAUGGAGAUGAGACGUCAGGUCUCUGUGUCCUGGGACUCAGGGGGGUCCGACGAGGCGCCGCCUAAAGUUUGGCCUCGAGAAGCUUACUGUGAAAAGGUCUGUAAGCCCAGCAGACCAGGGUACCCAAGCCCACGCUCCAGUGAGGGGUUCUACCCCAGCCCACAGCACCUGGGGCAGCCCACCCACUACCAGAUAGCAGGAUACCCAGGCCCCCACGGCAUGCCCUCCAUGACCAGUGGGAUGUACCCUCCCCAGGCAUCCCACGAUCCCCAUGACACCUGGAACCACCACCGGCAGCAGGACCUCCCCAUGUGGUCCCCCAACAUGGAGGACAGGGGGUCUCUGGACAUGCAGGUGAUGGGUCAGGUUCUGCCCCCCCUCCUGAUGGAGGAACAGCUGAUGAUGCAACAGCAGCAGAUGGAGGAGGACCAGCGGUGGCUGGAGCAGGAGGAACGCUUCCUGAAGCCGGAUUCAAGGAAUUCCAGAGGCAGCAUUGACCGGGAUGACUGCAUCCUCCAAGGCCCAACAGGAAACCAGCACAUAUACCAACCCAUAGGCAAACCAGAACAUGCAGCUCCACCAAAGAAACCCCCCCGUCCCGGAGCCCCCAGUCACCUGGGCAGUCUGGCCAGCCUGAACCCCGUGGACAGCUACAAUGAGGGAGUGAAGCCCUGGCGGCUCCAGCCUCAGGAGAUCAGCCCACCACCCACUGCUAACCUGGACCGCUCUAAUGACAAGGUCUAUGAGAAUGUCACAGGACUGGUGAAGGCUGUCAUAGAGAUGUCCAGUAAAAUUCAGCCUGCGCCUCCCGAGGAAUACGUGCCAAUGGUCAAGGAUGUGGGUCUGGCACUAAGAACACUCCUGGCCACAGUGGAUGAAACAAUCACGUUACUUCCAGCUAGCACACACAGAGAGGUGGAGAUGGCCCAGAAGCUGUUGAACUCUGACCUGGCGGAGCUGAUCAACAAGAUGAAGCUGGCCCAGCAGUACGUCAUGACCAGCCUGCAGCAGGACUACAAGAAACAGAUGCUGACGGCCGCCCACGCCCUGGCCGUAGACGCCAAGAACCUUCUAGACGUCAUCGACCAGAGCCGGCUCAGGAUGUUGGGCCAGGCCCGGCCGCCACCUCACUAGCGCUGGGGGAGGAGGGUGUGGAGUGUGGGAUGAACUGACUCAACUCAAAGCUUCUGGCUGAAUGACUGUCUGGACAGAUGGAAGCCAUGUGGGGGCGCCCUUGGGUUUGUUCACCUGUUCUUUCAUGUCUAAUCAGUGAUUACUUCAAGGAAGGGAGGAAUAAGGAAGAUUGCACUGUGAAGGAAUUUGAACGGGGCACUGCUUCUACAGGGCCAUCAUAUGGACUGGACUCCAGGUGCAUCACCAGGCAGACUAGCGACCACCUCUGACCCUCACUCCCCAACACACCACUCCUUUUUAUUGACUUGGAAUCUUUGAAGAGGUAUUUUAUUUUAUGCUGCACCGAUUGUGUUGGCUGACUAACUGUGAAUUCCUACAGUCCCAGAUUUCAUCUGAAGAAGAAUCAGGAGGCACACUUCAGAAACUGCUCCCCCCAGAGGACAAAUGGAGGAUGACGUGGACAACAGAACUGAACUGGAACCUCUAUGCUUUAGUAGACAGAACACUGAACUCCUCACACUACGUCUAACAUGUCUGUUUCAUUGUUAACACUUGUCACAAGCUCAAUAGUGAUUCAUGGAGGAUCACAAACACUGGGAUAUAUUUUGUCUUGGCUCAGUCGGCCAUCUUGUCAAAUAGGAGAAAAUAACGGAUGAAAUAAAAUGAUGACAAAACGACAAA